AUGGCGCAGUAUUAUCCACAACAACAGGCCUAUGGAGCUCAAUCUUCGGCACAAAACCUCCAAUUCUACCCUUCUACCUAUUCAUCUGUAUCAGGCCAUACAACGCCGUCUCAAGCAUCAUAUGGGGGAUUUGGCGCACCGCCAAACCCAGCAGCUCAAGGAUACCCCGUUGGAGGGGUCGGGGGAGGGUAUGGCGGUUUCGGGUCACCAACCGCUGGUGUCAGCGGAAGAAUGGGUGAACAGGGCGGUUUACGUACAGGGUGGCUUGCUGCAUUCGGGACUGAGGGUUAUGAUGGCGAACCUCCGUUGUUAGAGGAGUUGGGGGUUAAUUUCGCGCACAUCCGUACCAAGACAUUGACGGUUCUUAACCCUUUUGCUCGUAUUGACCAGCACCUCAUGGACGACAGCGAUCUCUAUGGCGCCCUGCUCUAUAUCGUCCUAUACGGUACCUUCCUACUUCUUUCAGGCAAGGUGUUCUAUGGAUAUAUUUACGGCGUUGCUGUCUUCGGCACCGUCGCCCUUCACCUCAUCCUUAGCCUCAUGUCCCCCGUUGACCCCACCUCACCAUCUCAGGCGCCAAAUGCCGCAGACCCAUCCUCGAACUACGAUCCACACGCCAAACCCGGCUCCUCCGGACACUUCUCUGCUACGCUGACUUUCCCACGUUCCGCAAGUGUCCUGGGCUACUGUUUUCUGCCGCUUGUGCUGACAAGUCUUUUGGGAAUCCUCGUACCGAUGGACACGAUGUUUGGGUACCUGCUUACGACGGCGGCUGUGGGGUGGUGCACAUAUUCUUCGUCUGGGAUGUUUUGCGCCGUGGCGAGAAUGAGUGGAAUGAGAGGGUUGGUGGCUUAUCCGUUGGCGCUGUUUUAUGUGGUAUUUGGCAUCAUGGGGAUAUUUUCGUCGAGGGGGAGUGGGACGCUUGCGGCAAAAACUAGUGCGGCUUAA